UUUCCACAGUGACGCUGUUCGGCCGCACGCAUGCGGGCUUCGAAAGACGGCGAGACUAUGGCGUCGGCGAACGCGGUGCUUACGCGGUACCUGCUCCUGCUGGCUCAAGAGAACUUGGAAUUCCGGCUGCCGGAAAUAAAGUCUUUGGUUUCCCUCUGUGGUGGACAGUUCAGCAGUCAACAGGGAUUGAGAUUAAAUUCUCCAUUUUGGAUUCUUAGCAUGCCUUCAGAAGAGAUGGCUAAAGGAAUGAUGAAGCGAACCGUAUGUGCAAAAUCUAUAUUUGAACUAUGGGGUCAUGGGAAAUCUGCAGAAGAACUGUUCUCUUCACUCAAGAACUAUCCAAUGGAGAAAAAGGCCCCAUAUUUGCAGUCCAACUUUACAUACAAAAUAAAGGUUCAUGCUUUUAACAAAACACUAACACAAGAAGAGAAGAUUCAAAGGAUAGAUUCUUUAGAAUUUUUACCAUUUGAAGGUAAAGUAAAUUUAAAGAAACCAGAUCACAUAUUUUGGUUUUUAGAAGAUUAUGGAAUGGAUCCAAACAACAUCCCAGACCAGCCCCUUGAUAUAUAUUUUGGGAGAUGGAUUGCCAAUGGACAAAGGGACCUUAUUGAGUCAUACAGUGUAAAAAGAAGACAUUUUAUUGGGAACACAAGUAUGGAUGCCUGCUUGGCUUUUAUUAUGGCAAACCAUGGGAGAGUAAAACCAAAUGAUGUUGUUUAUGAUCCGUUUGUGGGAACAGGUGGACUUCUUAUUGCUUCAGCACACUUUGGAGCAUAUGUGUGUGGGACUGAUAUAGAUUAUAGCACAGUACAUGGGCUGGGCAAAGCUAGCAGGAAGAACCAAAAGUGGAGAGGACCUGAUGAAAAUAUAAGAGCAAAUCUUUGUCAGUAUGGUUUGGAGAAGCACUACCUUGAUGUAUUAGUUUCUGAUGCAUCAAAACCCAUAUGGAGGAAGGGGGUGAAGUUUGAUGCAAUAAUCACAGACCCUCCAUACGGCAUACGAGAAGCCACCAGAAGAACUGGUUCACAGAAAGAAAUGGCUAAGAUGACGGAAAAGGGCACAGAAAAUCACAUCUCAAUUUCUUCCAAUUAUCAUCUGAGCGACAUCCUUUUUGACCUGUUAAAAUUUGCAGCUGAAUACCUGGUGGUUGGAGGAAGAUUGGUCUACUGGCUUCCUGUGUAUAAACCAGAAUAUACAGAAGAGAUUAUACCCUGGCACCCAUGUCUGAAACUUAUUAGCAACUGUGAACAGACACUUUCCAGCCACACAUCAAGACACCUGAUAACCAUGGAAAAGGUGAAAGAAUUUGAGUCCAGGAAUCCUUGGAGGCAGCCUUCCUCUGACAACAGCUCCCAGGAGGAGAUAAAUCCACUUCCAGAUCCAUCUUGUGUGGAGCAAUGAUAACCAGAGUCCAUAUCUCCUCCCCUGAACGCCGAGGAGACCUCUCUGCCACCAGACUCCAGUGACUGGUCCAUAGACUCCUUGGAGGAUCAGGAGAGCCCUGAGGAGAUCCCCACACCUUGAAACCCUAGGGCCUAGAAUAACCCAACAGUAUAGUAUGUGAUUUGAAAAUGGUUGAAUUGUUUUGCCUACGUUUGUAACAUAUGCUUAUAAGUUUCUUAUUUAAUAUACUGCUGCUGUUAUUAUUGUUUUGCUAUGAUAGUUGAUAUAAGGGCACUGAAAAGCAGGUCCACUUUAGUUUUCUUACAGUUUUCCCUACAACCACUAUGCCUGUCAAAACAGUAUUUGUUGCUUUGCCCUAUUCAUACAACAGCUGCAUGGGGUUUGCCCAGUUUCAAUAGUUUUAUGUCUAAAUAAACAUGAACACAUUGAAGAAGAGUUAUGCAGCUAACACAACCCAAUUUGCACAUGAUGAUCAGCAGUAAACCUGUGCAGCGUUCCACUUUUAUUGACAUAGAAUAAUGUUUUCAGGACACUAUGGACAAUGUAGGUAAUACAUAAAAUAUAAUAGACAAAACCUGCAAAAAAUAGCUAAAGCAAAAACAGUCUAUUCAAAGAACCAUAAAAAUAUGAAAGCCUCCUGUAGAUUUAAAAGUACUAAAUGAUUGACCAUUCUUAAUUCUUAACAUUUCCAUUUACCCAGCAUCUUGUCUAAACUGGAUUGCUUUGCCUGCAUGUGCAGUAUGAGGCUGAGGUGGUGCUCUGCUGGUAUUCUAACAUUGCACCCACUUACCUCUGAGAUCCUGAUUUAAAACACCAGGCAUGUAGAAUGUUGUCCUGGUAAAUUCUUCUGGCUUACUUGGCAUCCAGUGUUUUUGGGCCCCACUGACAAAAAGAUUCUUUAGAUUUAGAUCCAGAUUUUACUGUAUUUUUAGCAACUAGCCGUUAUACAAUUUUUCUGGGGGUAGAAAAUUGUCUAACCAUUUAGUUUUAUAUUGAGCAUUAAUCCAAAGAAGAAGAUCAUAGGCAAUGAAAAAGAAGCAAAAUACAAAUGAACAUAGUGGACAAAUGAACACUUUCAGUGGCUACAUUAAUAAAAUUCCUAAUUGUACAUCCUUUCCUAGAUCCAUUAAAUUAUGGAUGCUUUUUCCAAGCUUCUAUUGCAAUGAAUUAUGCUGUUCUCAGUAUGAUAUAUCUGAUCUGAUUAGACAGUAAAUUCACUUCUAUUUUUCAUUGUUGGCUUUCCUUUUGAAUUGUAACAAUAAUGGUAGAAUACAUUUACCUUGUAGUUCCAUCUGUAUUUUAUACCCCAUGAAAAGAUAUGUAAACUCCUACACAAGUAUUGAAUUAUAGAAACACUAUAGUACUUCAAGGGAAGUUCAUUAUAUGCCCAGCAUAGUCUGCCUGAGGAAGCACAUUUAGCAGAACAUGAAUUAUAAGACAGAGCAUCAGCUAUUUCAAACUUUUUCUGGAAAUAAGUGGCCUCUGUUCAAA